AUCGACUCCUUAGUGGAAUAGGGAAUUCGCUUCUUCUACAAAGUAAAACGGCUAUUUUAUACAUAGUUUCAAAUCAAUCACCAAAUUAUCCUUUUCCGAUUUCAUAAAUUCCAGUCUUAUCUUCCCUGAUGCUCCGUGAAACACUAGAACCGUUUCCUGUGGUCUUUCAGUUUUCUACUUCUAAGGUCUUUGAUCUGCAUCGAAAUGAGCUUAGCCUUUGGGGAUGGCGAGAAGAAACCCAUUGCUGUGGGACCUUGGGGCGGUCAGAAUGGCUGUAGAUGGGACGACGGAGUAUACUCCACUGUUAGGCAAUUGGUAAUAGUUCAUGGUUCUGGUAUCGACUCCAUCCAGAUCGAAUAUGAUAAGAAAGGGACCUCAAUAUGGUCAGAGAAGCAUGGUGGAAAUGGAGGUAACCGAUCAGACAAGGUGAAGCUUGAUUACCCAGAUGAGUAUCUUGCUUCAGUAAGUGGUCACUAUGGUAGCUUAAAUCAAUGGGGGCCGGUAUUUGUUCGUUCUCUUACUUUCCAAAGCAAUAAAAGAACGUAUGGACCAUUUGGUGUUGAACAAGGAACAUAUUUUUCUUUCCCUAUGACGGGAGGCAGGAUCGUUGGGUUUCAUGGCAAGGGCGGCUAUUUUGUUGAUGCAAUUGGUAUAUAUUUGAAGCCUGUCCCGCAACAGAAGAGUUCCAAGGCUCUGGUCCAAGCAAAGAGUUUUGUCAAUAAUGGGACUGAAAACAUUGGCUACUCUGUGAUACAAGGGACUGCAGGCAAUAGUUAUGAUAUAGUUGUUGCUGUGAGGCAGAAGGAGGAAAAUGGAAGCCUUCUAAAGACCAAACCACUGCUGAAACAAAUAUCUUCCGAAUCCAGCGAUGAUGAAGCCAAUGACAAGACGCUCAGAAAUGAGAGCCUGCCUUCAAAACCUGAAAGCGUGAUAACUCAUGGACCCUGGGGUGGUACUGGUGGUUAUACUUUUGAUGAUGGGACCAACACAGGAAUCAGGCAAAUUUAUCUGUCACGCAGUAUUGGAAUUGUAUCCAUACGAGUUCAAUAUGAUCGCAAUGGGCAAGCUGUCUGGGGAAGCAAACAUGGAGGAACUGGAGGAUUUAAAACUGAGAAGAUAACGUUUGAUUAUCCGUAUGAAAUACUCACACAUAUAUCAGGGACCUAUGGUCCCUUAAUGUUCAUGGGACCUAAUAUUAUCAAGUCACUUACAUUCUACACCAACAAGGGGAAGCAUGGGCCAUUUGGAGAUGAACAAGGCCCCUCUUUCUCAACCAAACCGAACGGAGGAAAGAUUGUUGGUUUCCAUGGAAAGGAGGGUUUGUUCCUAGACGCUAUUGGUGUUAACUUGAUGGAAGGAAAAGUGAAGCCUGCUAGGCACUAUCUUACUGAUGCAAUCAUCCAAGCAGAAGCAGAUGUUACCGAGAUUGAUAAUUCUCCGUGGUCCAAUAAGCUAGUAUUAGCCAGACGAGGACCGACCGAUGAGGUUGCUUGUUCGGUGGUGAAGGAGCCAGCUCCAUGCGGUCCGGGUCCUUGGGGUGGCGAUGGAGGAAGGCCAUGGGAUGAUGGCGUAUUUUCUGGGAUCAAGCAGAUAUUUGUUACUAGAGCUGAAGCUAUUUGCUCAAUCCAGAUCGAGUAUGAUCGAAAUGGACAAUCUGUUUGGUCCGUAAGACAUGGAGGCAGCGGAGGAACUGCUACAAACAGGGUGAAAUUGGAGUACCCACAUGAGGUACUGACACGUAUAUCAGGAUACUAUGGUCCAGCUAGUAGAGAUGAGAGGCCAACAGUUGUGAAGUCACUCACAUUUUACACCAGUAGAGGACAGUAUGGUCCAUUUGGUGAAGAAAUUGGUACGUUUUUCACUUCAACUACCACAGAGGGAAAGGUAGUUGGUUUCCAUGGAAGGUGUGGAGCUUACUUGGAUGCCAUUGGUGUCCACAUGCAGCACUGGCUUGGAAAUAACAGAACCUCAAGAUCAUCUCUUUUCAAAAUAUUCAGUUGAUCCAUCCUCAAUGCUUCCACAUACACUUUCUUCAGUUUCAUGAAUAAUUAAAAAUCUUGGCUCAUGUUUAAUGAAAUAAUGGAUAUGUAGCACUUCACCCGGAGCUGCUGGCUGCUUAAUCCUGGCCUAUCUCAUCUUUUGUGUCCUUCAAUAACACUAUUAUAAUCUUCUACAUA